AUGCAUUGGACGCGGUUGAAAAGAUCUUCUCAGUCCUUAACAGAGGAGAAGUCACGAAUGCCAAAAGUGACGUCUUUGAAUCAACAACGAAUGAAAUCAUGGGAGCCUAUUCUAACACCCACCAACUCGAUCAAAGUCUUCCUAUGUAUGGCCACUGUAUUCUUGGCCAUAGGAAUUGUAUGGCUGGUUGAGAGUGAUAAAAUUCGAGAAAUACGGUUAAACUACACGGCAUGUCACGAGAUCGAAUCAUACAACGAGCUUGAGGUUAUGCCGCCUGAGAAUAUCGACAAAAGUUUCAAGGCAUCAUCAGCUGGCCAAGUUGUCGAGCGAUGGAAACGAUCGAAUCAGUCUAUCACGUACGAUGGUGUGAUGAAAAAUUACACAAUGUGCACUAUAGAGUUCUUCCUCCCCGAGGACCUGCAGCCGCCUGUGUUAUAUUAUUAUCGACUGACGAAUUUCCACCAAAAUCAUCGUCAAUACAUUUUCUCGCGUCAUACAAACCAGCUUAAAGGCGAAGCUGUCGGUCGGAACACUCUCGAAGGUUCUGAUUGUGCGCCCCUAGCGUCACAUCAACUUCCUAGCGGUGAAGGUAAAAAGAUCAUUUACCCUUGCGGGUUGAUCGCCAAUAGUUACUUCAACGAUACAUUUUCCAAGCCGCUACGUCUUUCCUCGACCAGUGGCUCAAAUGAGACAAAAUCAUACAAUAUGUCCAACGUUGGUAUCGCCGAAAAGGUUGACAAAACGUUAUUCCGUCCGACCAAGUAUCAGAUCCCCUCAUCUGCUGGAAACGACAGCAUUAUUGUGCCGCCACCUGGCUGGACGGAAAGAUACCCCAAUGGAUACCAUGCGCAGAACAUGUUCAACCCUGCAGAGGACGAAUCUUUCAUGGUUUGGAUGCGAACUUCUUCAGGUCCUUCUUUCUCUAAGAUGGCCUUGAGGAAUGAUAAAGAUGUCAUGGAGCGGGGGCUGUACCGGCUUGAAGUCAUUUCGCACUUCCCUAUUCAUAAGAAUCGUGGCACCAAGUCUAUCAUCAUCUCGACGACCUCCGCCGUAGGAGGAAGAAAUAAUGUCAUAGGAAGAGUUUACAUUGCAAUGGGAUGCCUCAGUCUAUUUUUGACCUUUGUAUCUGCGCUUACAUUGAGAUACCGGCCACGACGACUGACGGAACACGAUUAUUUGCAUCGAAGCAUCUCUUUACUAUCGAAGGCUGACGGAAGGAGUGAACCAUUAUCAAGGGCAGGUAGCUACUGA